GAAAACGAAAAGAGCGUGAAUAAAGGUGUGGUGCUCUCUGCAGACGUACGAAUAGUAAUGGCAAGGAGCAGUGAUGCUGCAGUCUGCAGAAAUGGUCUCAGAGAAAAAGGACAUAGUCGGCGACAGGCCAAAGGGAUCGCAGAAAGUGGCUCUUGAAUCGAGGAGAUGAUGCGGUUUCUCUUGUCUUAAGUAUCUAAAUAUAGAAUUACAAUUACUUUUUUAAUUGUUGCCGCUGUUGUUGUGUUCUGAGGUUAUUUUGAUUGUUCGGACGGUGAUGAUCGUCAAUCGGCUGCGGAUUGGUAGAGGUCUGUGUUGAGAAUUUAUCUGAGAGAUGGCGUCUUCGAGUGUCCCGGUGGCUGAUUCGGAGGAGGAUGCGCUAUACAAGGAGCUGUGGCAUGCAUGUGCGGGACCUCUGGUCACGGUGCCUCGCCAGGGGGAGCUAGUUUUCUAUUUUCCUCAGGGUCACAUCGAGCAGGUGGAGGCUUCGAUGAAUCAAGUGGCUGAGCAGCAGAUGCCAGCAUAUGAUCUUCCAGAGAAAAUUCUCUGUCGCGUUCUCAAUGUUCAAUUGAAGGCUGAACCAGACACCGAUGAAGUGUAUGCUCAAGUCACUUUGGUUCCUGAACUCCAACAAGGCGAGAACUCGGUGGAGGCGAAGGGUUCUUCGGCUUCUUCCCAUCCUCGGCCUCGUGUAUAUUCCUUUUGUAAGACGCUUACGGCCUCCGAUACAAGCACUCAUGGUGGAUUCUCGGUGUUGAGACGCCAUGCCGAUGAAUGCCUACCUCCACUGGACAUGUCCAAGCAACCUCCAACUCAGGAGUUGGUUACCACGGAUUUGCAUGGAAAUGAAUGGCGUUUUCGUCAUAUUUUUCGAGGUCAACCAAGGAGGCAUCUUCUUCAGAGUGGAUGGAGUCUUUUCGUCAGCUCCAAAAAGCUUGCUGCUGGGGAUGCUUUUAUCUUCCUGAGAGGUGAAAGUGGGGAACUUCGUGUGGGGGUAAGAAGAGCAAUGAGGCACGGAAUUAAUAUUCCAUCUUCUGUCAUAUCUAGUCACAGUAUGCAUAUUGGUGUCCUUGCAACAGCGUGGCACGCUGUUAAUACGAGUACCAUGUUCACUGUCUACUACAAGCCAAGGACUAGCCCAGCUGCAUUUAUCGUACCCUUCGAUAAAUAUAUGGACUCUGUCAAGAACAACUGUGCUAUAGGGAUGAAGUUCAAGAUGAGGUUUGAGGGUGAAGACGCUCCAGAACAGAGAUUCUCUGGCACGGUGAUUGGAACCGAGGAUGCCGAUUCUGUAAGUUGGCCCGGAUCAAAAUGGAGAUGCCUGAAGGUUCGAUGGGAUGAAACUUCUCCCAUCCAUCGUCCAGAAAGAGUUUCCCCUUGGAAUAUAGAACUUGCUUUGACUCCUACUCUGGAUGCCCAUCCAGUGUGCCGAUCAAAGAGGCCUCGUGGGAACAUGGUAUCGUCAUCUACUGAUUCCUUUGUUCCUACAAGGGAAGGUUUGCCUAAAUCUAGUGUUGACCUUUCACCAGAGAAAGGGUUAUUAAAGACCCUGCAAGAUCAGGCAAUAUCAACCAUGGGAGGUGUCUGUGCUGAGAAUAAUGAGUCAGACACUACACAAAACCCCCCUUUAUGGACUCAUACACAGGGUAAGAAUCAAACUGAAUCGAGUUUUGGUGAAAGAGUGGGGCCAGAAGACAGUGCCCCUAAAAUGAUGCAUGCGAUGAAUUAUAGAAGUCCAGUAUCAGGCUCUCUGACUCCUUACGGGUUCCAUUGGCCCUUUAUUGAUCAAAAUACUGAUAAUGCUGAUCGAUUGAAGAAGCGUGUUUUAGAUCAGAAUCAAAGAUCAAAUUUAUUUACAUUUUCCCAGUCCAUGUUGCAUCCCUCAUUUAAUAUGAUGGAAUGUGGCAUGCAACAUCCUGCACCAGCAGUUGAGCAGCAUCCGGUUAAUAGGUUGUUACCUCUGCUGCCACCUACAAGUAUCGAGGAUUCUCCCUGUACAUCACUGAUGAAACCACAGCCUCUGUUUUUGCAAAAAGAAGAGAUGAAAUCCAAGGGAGAUGGCAGUUGCAAACUCUUUGGUAUAUCACUCAUUAGUAGUCAUUUGGCCACAGAACCGGCCAUGCCACAUGAAAAUUUCAUGCAUAGGACAGAAGGGCAAAUUGCUUCUCCAUCAGAUCAGCUGCAAGCUUUGGUGUCUGACCCAGGGUCACAGAAAGCUGUGUGUCGAAUUUCUUCAGAGAUAUCAAUUAAAGAUGAUGAACGAACGAGGUCUUUUCAAGCCUCUGAGUGGCUUUCUAGAAAUGUCCAGGACAGGCUUCAGAGCAGUUCAACCAGAUCUUUUAUCAAGGUUCACAAGCAGGGGGUUCCUGUUGGGCAGUCCGUGGACCUCACCAAGUUUGAUGACUACAAUGGAUUGAUGGCCGAGUUGGAUCAUAUGUUUGAGUUGAACGGUGAAUUAAUUGCUCCCAAUAAGAGGUGGAUGGUGGUUUUUACUGAUAAUGAGGGUGAUAUGAUGCUUGUUGGAGAUGAUCCCUGGCGAGAGUUCUGUAGCAUGGUCCGUGAGAUCUUUAUCUAUACUCGAGAGGAGGUUCAGAAGAUGCGACCACAACCCUUGAAUCCCAAAGUCAAUCAGGUCUCACCAGUUGCACGCCGAAAUAUGGGUUCAAAAUAAUUGAACGAUUCGACACUACUUCAGGUGUCAGUCCCAAAAACAGGUUGUGGAGCUGGCAAGUCUACGUUUUAGGGUGUGCGGGGGGUACUGGCCUUUGAAGGGAAGCCCUUAUCUUUUGCAGUCGAUGCUUAACAGUAUAAACUGUAUACUUCCUACAUGCAGUUUUGGUUCAAUUGCAAAUCACUGUAGUAUAUAGUGUUUUGUUUUUUCUAUUUUUUGUGGGUUGGAUAAGAAAAAUUGCUGUAUCAAAUGUACAGAUAAUUUGCCUAUAAUGUUCGAGUAAUAGUAUAUGCCAAGAGCUAGAAAGUAUUUAAGACCCUUGUAAA